UUACGCGAUCAUAUCAUAAUGAGUACAACUGGAUUUUCUCGCGAACCUUUCGAAGAGAGUGGACUCUCCCUCUAUGAAGCGAUUUUUGAUCAAAGCAACGCUUUGGACAACGUCGCCUCAGAAUGGGUGAGAGCAUAUAAAGAAGAAACUGACAAUCAUACCAAUUCAUUGUUGUCGUUGAUUAACUUCAUCAUUCGGUCAUGCGGGUGUUCUGAGAUUAUAGCGAGAGAGGGCUUUGAAGAUGAUGAUGCCAUACCACAAGUUCUGGAAGAAUUACAAGAUGCGUUAAAAAAAGAGCCUGUGGCUGAUUAUCCAUUAAUUUCAAAGUCCAGGGAAUUUAGAAAAUUUAGAAAGAAUUUUUUAACGUUUUUUAGACAACUUAUAGGCCAUGUAAAACAUGAUGUAUUGUAUGAUGGUGUAUUCUUUGAAACUAUUCAAAUAUGGGUAGUUCCUAUGUCAAGCUCUUCUUUUCGUCCUUUCCGACAUACUGCAACCAUCAUUGCUCUUCAUCUUUUUAGUUGUCUUUGUGAACUUGCCCAAGAGGUUCAUGAUUCGUGGACCAUUGCAUCUCGUCAGUUGAGUGUCGAAAAAAGAACCAGGGCGCCUCGAAAUUCCAAAAAUAUGGAUAGAGUUAGUGAAUUGCAGUCAAAAAUUCAGGAUUUGGAUAAAAAAAAAAAGCAAUUAGAUAUGUACUUUGAGGAACUUUUCGAUAG